GUGACCGUGCCGCCCCCUGUUAAGCCUGAAUGCACCGAUAGGUGGCGUGCUAGAUACCCAGUCCCCGGCCAGGCUCCAGAGACGAACUAACUGGGAUAGGAGCAGCGGCAGCAGAGCGGUGUGGUGGUGCGGAGAGCUGUUGUAGUCGGGUGAGCCCGAGCCUCACACAAGGAGACAUGCUGAGUCUUCUCAAUAGGCUGGGCUCUUUCUUCUGGAGGAGUGUGGAAACCGAGGAGGAGAAAAUACAUUUCUCUGAUGCUGAAUUUGUGAGGUAUACGGAUGGAGUAGUUACAUGCUUUUGCAAUGAUUAUGGAAUGAUUAAUGAUCAGAUCUGUUUCACAACUGAUGAAGUGAUUAGUCGAGAACCUUUAAGUGUUGGUCAGAAAGUUAGUGUUGCUUACGAAGAGGACAAAACAUCUGGUGGUUGGAAAGCAAUUAAGGUACAGUGCAUCUCUGACAAGUGGGAAAAUGAUGCUCCUAGUAAUUCAAAGCCAUUGGAUCUUGACGUAAAAGUUUUAAUUGGAAGUGUCACAUUCUGCAAUAAAGAUGGUGGCAGAAUCAAUCAGACCACAUAUUUUUCGAUGAGUGUUGCUUGUGAAGGAUAUACCCCAUAUAAAGGAGACUGGGUGAGAGCAGAGUAUUUCAUCAAUCCUUCAACAUGGGUCAGCGAGGCAUGCUCUGUAAAGCCGCUUAGGUGUAAACGUGUAGACAAGAUGACAAUUACAGCUUUCUAUGGCACAACUGGUGUAAUUAACGAAAGCAUCUUCUUCACAAUGGACGCCGUAAUACUUCCCGAAGGCUAUAAACCUCAGCGCAAUGACCUGGUUAAUGCUGUAGUACUGGAAAGCAAUCAGUCCUGUUAUGUUUGGAGAGCCCUGUGCAUUGCACCAACUAGCAAAAACCGUAUGUCAACAUCUGAUGAAGACAAUGUGGACAGCCAGAAUGUUGCUGCUUUGAUGAGGAAUAAAGGAGGCUUAGAGGUUUCCAGACUGACUCAUUUUGGAGUGAUCAAACAAGGAGAGAGCAAAUCCCUGCAAAUUCAUAUAGAAAAUAAAGGAAGCAAUUGUCAUGCAUUGGUUGCUUGCAACACUGCAGGAUUGGAAAAAGAAAACAAGUUCACGUUUGAAAUGAGUGCUUGUAAGCCAGACUGUUUUAUUGAUGCUUCAUUGCAGUCAUCAAAUUCUUCACUAACAUUGGGGGAAAAAACAAAAGUUGUAAUCGACUAUACUAGUCUUGAGGAUGAGAAGACUGCAUCUCAGUCUUCUAGUUUAAUGUCUUCUAGUCACUUUAAUGUUCCUUUUUAUCGUGUGCCCCAUUUAACUCCUGCUUUGUAUUCUAAAUGCUUUCUUGGUCCUGCAUACCCUUUACCAGCAGUAUGCUCUCGUACUGUAAAUGAUUUGAAUAAUGGCACUCCAGAAGUUCAGGCAGACCCCAGAACAUACAAUGGACAUUUUAGAAGCGGUGACUUGGACAUGGAUUUGAAGAAUAUAGAAACUCCUAAGUCUGACUGUAAUGAACCAUUAGAGAUUCUUCCUGGAGAGAAGAAGUCUAUCACCAUCGUGUGUGAAGCAAGAAAUCCAGGACGAUGCAAAGAGCUUGUUUUAUUUUGUUUCCAAGAAUUUGUGAUAGGACGCUAUGUUGAAGCUACAAUUGAAAGCGAAGAGGAAUGUCUGUUGCUGCCUUCUAAAGAAUAUUCUUGUAGAAACAAAACCAUGCAGGAACCAGAAUGUAAAAGCAGCAUCAAUGUUUCUGCACCACAAAAAAGGACAUCAAGAAGACAUCUUCCCAGUUUUAUUCCAUUUUAUACAAUCCCAGAGAGGCUGCAGAAAUGCAUUAAAGAAAAUAUGGAUAUUUUGGCAAUAGAACCUAGCCUAGGCGAAGUCCUUUGUUUAGCAAAAUAUCGAAAGAAGAUGUCAACUUUGCUUUGGCUUGAGGAUAUCCACAAUGAGACAGAAAUGAAAGAGUUGAGCCUGAUUGGUGUUUGCCUGCAGAAACGUGGUGGUUAUCUAGUGCUCGAAGUGCCUGGCAUCAUUGAGGGAAGACCAUCUCUCUACCCUGGUGACAAAGUUUUGUUAAAACACCGAUUAUACAACGCUACUGUGGUUGAAUACGCAAGUUCAGUGGUUGAAAUACAUGAUGAGGAAGUCACAUUAAGAGUUAACUCAAACUUGGAGCAGUCCUAUAAUUAUGAGCCAAUGGACGUGGAAUUCACAUAUAACAGGGUCACAAGCAGAAGAUGCCAGUUUGCUGUUGAACAAGCAGAACAUCUUGGGAGAGCAGUGUUGUUCCCAGAGAUGGUGAUAUUGCAGUCUCCACAAGUCUCCACCACAGGGCUCCACAAGGAAGAUUGUAUGGGCAAGAAAGAGCAGACGCUCACCCAGCAGGAAAAUCAGAGUGAUGAACAGAAUAAAGCACUAACUCGAGAGAAGAAUUCUGUGUCAAUGAGUGACAUGGUGACUGUUGCUACUCAGACUUCAAAGCAAGGUAAGAAAUUCCCUGCAAAAAUACAUAAUCAGUUCUUUAAUCCGGAACUAAAUGAUCACCAAAAGCUUGCAGUGAGGAGGAUACUGAGUGGAGAGUGCCGUCCUACUCCAUACAUUCUGUUUGGACCUCCAGGAACAGGAAAAACUGUCACAGUCAUUGAAGCUAUUUUGCAGAUCCAUUAUGCUUUGCCCGAUAGUCGUAUAUUGGCGUGUGCUCCAUCUAACAGUGCUGCUGAUCUUGUCUGCCUCCGUCUUCAUGAAAGUGGACAUUUGGAACCUGGAACCAUGGUUAGGAUAAAUGCUUCCAGUCGCCAAGAAGAGACUAUACAUGACUUGGUAAAGCCAUACUGUGGAUCGGGGGAAAAUAUUGAAAAGGCUUCUCGCUUUCGGAUUAUAAUCUCCACAUGUAGUAGUUCUGGAAUGUUUUAUCAGAUUGGUUUAAGGGUCGGACACUUUACUCACGUAUUUGUUGAUGAAGCUGGGCAGGCUAGUGAGCCUGAGUGCCUCAUACCUUUGGGUCUAGUGUCUGAAGUAGCUGGACAGAUCGUUCUUGCAGGAGAUCCUAUGCAACUUGGACCAGUAAUAAAGUCUAAAUUGGCUUUGGCAUGUGGACUUAGCAUAUCCCUCUUGGAGCGGCUGAUGUUUUUACCAAUUUACCAACGAGAUGAAGAAACCUAUGGAGCGUGUGGAAAUUACAAUCCAUUGUUGAUCACAAAACUAAUGAAGAAUUAUCGGUCACAUGCGGCUCUGAUCCAUCUACCUUCAAAGCUCUUCUACCACACUGAACUGGAGGUCUGUGCAGAUCCAACUGUGGUAAACAAACUCUUGCGAUGGGACAGACUGCCCAAAAAAGGCUUCCCAUUAAUUUUUCACGGCAUCAGGGGUACAGAGAUGCGAGAAGGAACUAACCCAUCCUGGUUUAAUCCCGCUGAAGCUGUUCAGGUUAUGAGAUACUGCUGUAUACUUGCAAAACAUGUUACUACAUCAGUUUCUGCUAAAGAGAUUGGAGUGAUUACACCGUACCGAAAACAGGUUGAAAAAAUAAGAACCCUUUUGCGGACUGUUGAUCUGAUGGACAUUAAAGUUGGAUCAGUAGAAGAAUUUCAGGGCCAAGAGUUCCUUGUAAUCAUCAUUUCAAUGGUGCGAUCUUGUGAGGAAUCUUUAUAUGAGGAUUCAAGAAUCUUUCUGGGUUUUCUUUCCAAUCCAAAACGAUUCAAUGUUGCAACAACUCGACCAAAAGCUCUGCUGAUUGUGCUCGGGAAUCCUCAUAUCCUUGUAAAGGAUCCAUGUGCAAGUGCAUUACUUGAAUACAGUAUAAUCAAUGGAGGGUACACUGGAUGUAAUCUACCCCCUGGCCUUGAAUGCCUGCAGCAGUGUGAUUAAUCAGACUGCAAUGAAGAAACACUUUACUGAAGAUUAAAGAAUUAACCAGCAUUUGAAGCGGACUUCAGUAGUUCAUUUGAUUUGAUAAAUCUCUAAGACAUUUGUGAAGAAUUGACAGCCGUGUCAACUGUUUGUUUUUUUUUGUUUGUUUUUUUCGUGUGGAAAUAUAUUCUCAGGCAUUUUCAGACAAUUGUUCAAGCCCUAAAUCAAGGAUUGUCCUGAUGGGCUACAAGCAAUGUAGACCACUUUUCAGGCUAUUUAGCAUAUCGGAUAUCCUAGAUGGAAAAUUAUACUUCAGUAGUCAGUAUUGUUAAUGUUCCACCAUAAAAAACUCCUUUUCUGCUUGUUGCAGGUAUUCGGUGCGCUUUGCUCUUUAAUGAGUCGCACACCAAUUAGUUAAUAAAAGCAUAGUUAAAGCUA